AUGCUCAGCGACGCUCCACCAGCCUACCAAGCCACGCCGCACCCUGCCCGCACGCCUCCAAAGCUCGAUGCGCUCCCCUCGCACCUCCUCCUCCGCAUCCUCGCGCACCUCUCCCUGCCCGACCUCGUCCUCGCCCUGCGACCGGCGUCUCGCGCGCUCUACGUCCACGCCAUGUCGCUCGCGCGUAUGCAGGGCCUCCCGCUGUGGCACGACGAGGUGCGCGCCGCCGCCGCCCAGCGAGCUCAAGGCGGUGCACCACUCGGUUCGUCGGAUCCGCUCGGCGCAGCGCUCCAGGACCCAGGCGCAGACGCUGCACCCUCGCCAGCAUACACCACUGCCGCUACCGCGACCCCAACCAGCUCGUCCUCGCCCCUCUCCACCCGCUCGCGCGAGCUCGCCGUCCUCGACCUGUUCCUCGUCGCCCUCUCGACCUCGCUCGCCCGCCUCGGCGCCUCGUCGCUCCUCUUCACGAGCGAGGACGACGCCCUGCGCCUCGUGCCGGGCGAGAAGCGCGCCGACCUGUGGAACCUGCUCCAGCCGAGGGCGCGGUGCGAGGACUUGCUCGCCGCGAGUUUGGCGGCGGCGGCGGCGGCGCGCGCGGGGGCAGGACGAGGUGGGCAAGGUGCGGGGCGAGACGCAGCAGGAGCAGUGCGAGGCGAGGACGUGCGCGUCGAGCUCAGGGCGAGGGAGGCGCGCGUCCUGCUGCCCUUCCGGAGCGGCGGCGGGCGCGAGACGUGGAAGGGCGUCGCGAGCGUGGCAAGGGACUCGAGCGAGCCGGUCGAAGCGCUCGUCGAGCGGCUCUCGUACGAGCUGGAGCGAGCGGCGGUGCAGCGGCGGACGGACGGGCUCUCGCGGUGGUACGAGGCUCGGGCGCAGUAG